UCUUAGCUCCAGGGGCCGUCGCCGUCCUCGCCGCCCGAGCCAUGGGGACCUGCUUGCGGCUGCGGAGCUGCGGGGCCGCGCGCCUCCUCCGCCCGCGCCCCGGCCCGGGCCCUGCUCGCCGCCUGGCCGGAGGCCCCGCGGGCCUCUCCCCCGAGCUGCUGCGCACCGACAGCUUCGUGGGCGGCCGCUGGCUGCCCGCCGCCGCCACCUUUCCGGUGCACGACCCGGCCAGCGGCGCCGCGCUCGGCUCGGUGGCGGACUGCGGGGCGUCCGACGCCCGCGCAGCCGUGCGCGCCGCCCACGAGGCCUUCUGCAGCUGGCGGGGGGUCUCGGCCAAGGAGAGGAGCUCAUUACUUCGAAAGUGGUAUGAUUUAAUGAUGCAAAAUAAAGAUGACCUUGCCAAAAUCAUCACAGCCGAGAGUGGAAAGCCACUAAAGGAGGCACAGGGAGAAAUCCUCUAUUCGGCCCACUUCCUAGAGUGGUUUUCAGAGGAAGCCCGCCGCGUUUAUGGAGAUAUUAUCUCAACCCCCACCAAGGAAAGGCGGGCCUUGGUCCUCAAGCAGCCCCUGGGUGUGGCCGCAGUCAUCACACCGUGGAAUUUCCCUAGCGCUAUGAUCACUCGGAAAGUGGGGGCCGCCCUGGCAGCCGGGUGCACCGUGGUGGUGAAACCAGCCGAGGACACGCCCUUCUCCGCCCUGGCCCUGGCCCAGCUCGCAAACCAGGCAGGCAUCCCUGCCGGCGUGUACAACGUCGUCCCCUGCUCCAGAGCCAAGGCCAGUGAGGUUGGGGAGGUGCUCUGCACCGAUCCACUGGUGUCCAAGAUCUCCUUCACCGGCUCAACGGUCACGGGAAAGGUCCUGCUACGCCACGCAGCCAGCACUGUGAAGAGGGUCUCCAUGGAGCUGGGCGGCCUGGCCCCAUUCAUCGUUUUCGACAGUGCCAACGUGGAUCAGGCCGUGGCAGGGGCCAUGGCAUCUAAAUUUAGGAACGCUGGUCAGACUUGUGUUUGUGCAAACCGAUUCUUGGUGCAAAGGGGCAUCCACGAUUCCUUUGUAAAAAAAUUUGCGGAAGCAAUUCACAACAGCCUGCACAUAGGGAAUGGAUUUGAGGAGGGAACUACUCAAGGCCCACUAAUUAAUGAAAAAGCAGUGGAAAAGGUGGAGAAGCACGUGAGUGACGCAGUCUCUAAAGGCGCCACCGUGGUGACAGGCGGGAAGCGGCACUCAUAUGGGAGAAACUUCUUCGAGCCCACCCUGCUCAGCAACGUCACGGUGGACAUGCUUUGCUCUCACGAAGAGACUUUCGGGCCGCUGGCACCAGUUAUCAAGUUCGAUACAGAGGAGGAGGCUAUCGCGAUUGCCAAUGCCACUGACGUCGGGUUAGCAGGUUACUUUUACUCCCAGGACCCGGCCCAGAUCUGGAGAGUGGCAGAGCAGCUGGAGGUCGGCAUGGUGGGCGUCAACGAAGGGCUGAUCUCCUCCGUGGAGUGCCCUUUUGGGGGCGUGAAGCAGUCUGGUCUCGGGCGAGAGGGGUCCAAGUAUGGCAUUGACGAGUACUUGGAAAUCAAGUAUGUGUGUUAUGGAGGCCUGUAGGAGUCUUCGGUUCCCUAAGAAAUAAAGAAAGGACACUCACCGAAGUAAAUGGGGACAUUCCAUCCAUGAUUUUAAAUAAACUAGUAGGCUACUAGAAUUAGUGGAUUUUAGGAUUUAGCCAGUCCUCAUGAUCCUAAGCAGAUGUAUCAUCCCCAUCCUCCUCUGUAAGUGGGGUUGAGACCUGAGCCUGGGACUGCAGAUCCUGGACAGCUAGCUGGGUCCCCAGCAUGACCCGAUCACUCCAGAGCAAGGCAGUGAGAGUGGACUCCCUUGGACCUCUUAGAAAGGCCCAGUGUUGUGGCCUGGCCCCAGCCAGGAGUAUGGCAGGUCACAAGAACAGCAGCCUUUUUAGACACUGUGUAUGAGGCAGAGGCCAGACUGACCCUCUGUAGCCUCUGAAGUAGCCCAGAGCUGCCUGUGCCACUGUAGGGGAUGCAGAGUGCUUCUCCCUGUGUCUGGACCAAAAGUCAUCACUGUCACAAAUUCCCUUCUUCAGCUUCCUUCUGGUUCCUAUAGGAAAGGGGUCUAAGCUGAAAGCAAAGAUUGGCAGAAGCAGGAGGGUGCAGAGGUGGGCACACAGUCUCUCAGCCUGGCGCGGCCCCUGUGGCUCAGUGACCUCCCAUCCCCCACCCCAGAACCACUGACACCAGCAGCACACUGACAGCCUCUUAGCUAAGAGGGAGGAGCCUGGCACCCACCUGCCCAUCUGCCAGAGCUGAGUCAGUCUGUCCAUCCUGGUGUAGUAACACCUGCUCUUGCACUUACAAAUGAGCAGAGCGCCUUUACCACUGUGAUUUCAAAAGAAGAAGUGAUUCCCACAAUUGCCAGCCCACUUCACUGCUUUAAAUUUCAAGUACUGGGGCUGGAGGUUUAGCUCAGCGGCAUAAGCGCCUACCUUGCAAGCAGGCAAUCGUGAGUUCGAUCCCCAGUACCAAUAAAAAAGGAAAAAGACAAAAAAAAAUUUUCAAGUACAGCUACCUUAUAUUUCAUCACGAACUCCCUGUGGCCAGUAGUGGCUGUCAACCUGAAAGAAAAAGCUCCCAGUAGGACAAUCCUCGGCUCUUCUGGAAAGGCCUCCUGUCACCGAGGAGCCUGCCCCAGGCUGUCUGGCCAAAUGGCCGUCCCCUCCUUUCAGCGCAUCAUGUCCUGUGGAUACUGCAGGCGAUGGGAGGAAGGUAUGACUGAAGGUGGCACUGGAGGACACAGCUGCUCCUGAGCCUGUCUUACUCAGCACCCUGACUGAGCCACGGACUGGGGCGGCAUGGAUAAUUAACAGUCUCCAAAGUCCCUGGGCCCAGAGGGACAUUGUAGUCCUGCAGCAGCUGCCACACGUCUGACCAGGUUAACGCCCACCAUUUCCCAAGGUCCAAAGGUGAAUGAGCAAAACUGCCUCCUAGCAACACUGCCCAGGCCCAUCAAGAGCCAGACUGUGUGCUGACGGGUGGUUUCUGCUGCCUGGAUGUUAGGUGGUUUUGUGUAACACCAAGUUGCUUAAGGUUUGUGUGUGUCCCUCUUUUUUCUAUCAAGAAGACAAAUACUAUGGUGGUGUUUUCUAGAAAUCAAAUACGAAUGCAGAGAUGCGUGCAAGAACACUCUACAAUACAUAUUUAACUUUGUAAGCUGGUGGUUUCCUUGGCCCAAGUGUAUAUUUUUAAGUUUUCCUGCAUAUUUGGCUCACCAGGUACAUAAAUUGAGGGCCAGCAACCACUGCAGUAAAUUUGACUAGUUUUGUAAGUAAAAUAAUUUGGAGGUACAGGAGAGCGGUUCAGUGGAACAUGAGGUCCCAGGUCCAGUCCUCAGAAACACCAAAAGAAAAAAAUGUAAGAUAAUUUGAAAAGGGAAUAGUUUGUUGUUUAGUAAAAUGGCUUGGCAUUGUGGGAUGAGAGUCCACUGUUGUUUAUUUAAUUUAUUCAAUUUUUAUUUAUUUAAUUUUUAGAGGCAGGUGCAGUCUGACAGUUCUCCUGCCUCAGCCUCCCACACAGCUGGGACCAUUAAACAUACGCUACCAACCCCACUCAAAGUCUUUGAAUCAACAUUGGGGGAGGGGUUAUUUUUCAGUAAUGUAACUAUAUGUGAUAUAUGGGAUUUAUUUUUAGACAUGUAUCUGUUUUAAGAACAUAACUGGAGGCCGGGUGUGGUGGCUCAUGCCUAUAAUCCCAGCUCUCAGAAGGCUGAAGCAGGAGGGUCGUUUGGAGUUCGAGACCAGCCUGGGCUACAAAGUGAGCUCAAGGCCAGCCUAAACUGCAUAGUGAGACCCUGUCUCAAAAUGACAAAAAAAAAAAAAAAAAGAAUAUACCUGGAAAAAUCCACUCAUUUGACCUGUAGUUGGCAAAAUAUAGCCCAUCAGCCUAAUGUGACCUGCCACUAUUUUUGUAAAACCCAAAAACCAAGGACAUGUUUUAUAUUUUCAAAUGGUUGGGGUGGGGGGGCUCUGAAGAGUUUUUCAUGACACAUGAAAUUCCAUAUGUGAAACACGCCACCUGCUGGUUUAUGGUAUGUGCAGAAUGGAAAAGUCUAUUCAGGAUGAGUCUGAAGUAUCACUAGGCAUCUCCUCCAAGGAGUAUGCCAGUCCCUUAGGUAGACUCAGAGAGAGAGAUGGAUAUUCCUACAUUUACUGGGCAUUAUUGUCUUCUGUUGAACACUUGCCUUGUAGAAGGUGCUGUGGGCCUUGUUGCUGGGAGCUCCCAGCAGUGAUCAUAGAACAAGAAAGAGUCAUGGCCUUAAAAAUCCAUUUCUUGGCUCCCUCCCUCCAGCUAUACAGGGGUCCCCAUUUCCACAGCUGCUCUACAGCCCUUUCUGCCCAUCUGAGGGGUUUUAAGUAAGACUGUCAUGUCUUCCCAUGCCUAUCUUUAUUUUUAUGUAGGGACUCAGUAAAAAUAUGGAUUAGAAGCACAAUGUAACAAAGCCCAUUUUCUCAUUAACGGGCAUGAUGAACUUGAAACUGUGCCACAAAACUUGUUUCCUCUAAAGGAUAGAUCCCAAUGUUUUAAUUGCCCUUAUGUAGCUAUUUUAAAUAGCAUUUUACUUGAAUAAUAACUUCUGCUGUGAAUGUCUCAUGCUCUACCUUGUUGGGUAAAAUUUGGGAAUAAAAAUAGUGGAAAACAUAAAAUACGUUGCUUUUUAAAUGUGUGUACAGGACUAACUUUUCUAGUUGCGGACAUUGUAUGUAUCUGUCUACUGCAGAGUGGCAUGUGUGUAAUCAAUAAACGUUGAAUUGACGACAUCCCUA